AUGGAGAACCUUACUCUCAACGACGCCCCUCCGCCUUCCUCUCCGCAGAGACAACCGAACCAGUCUAAUGCCGUCCUACCAGGCGUCCCGCAGCAGCAAGGCCCGCCUCAGCUGCCGCCGCAGAUGUUCACGACUGCGGCGCAGCUGCUAGAUUUGACCGACAAGAAACUCCUCCUCGUCCUCCGCGACGGCCGCAAGAUCUUCGGCAUCCUCCGCUCGUGGGACCAGUUCGCCAACCUCGUCCUGACCGACACGCGCGAACGCUACCUCGUCAGCAUCCCCGCCGGGACCAGCCCGGACGCCAUCUCCGCCACCGCUUCGAAAGACGCCCCCUCCUUGUCCGCCAACACGUCGCUAAGCACGUCCACCCUCCCGCGCAACCUGUACUGCGACAUCCCGCGCGGCACGUAUCUCGUCCGAGGCGAGAACGUGCUGUUGCUGGGCGAGGUGGAUCUCGAUAAAGAUGACGACCCGCCGCCGGGGUACGAGCUGGGCGAUGUCGAAGAAGUGUUCCGUCUGCAGCAUGCCAUUGAUCUGGAGAAGAAGCGUAAAGAUAAGAUCAGGGCCAGGAAGGUCGGGCAGUUGUGGGGUGGUGAGCUGGAGGGGAGUGGGGAGGUGCUUUACUGA